AUGCGGUUUGGACGCCAGACUUGUUCAUUGCAAUGCCUUGCAUUGGGUGAUUCUCGACCGAUCCUGUGUGAUCGACCAUUGUCAUGUUUGACGAAGACGACAACGCCGCCGGCCGGCCCACGACGAGGUUAUUCAUCAUUAAAGAAGGUCCCGCUGACGACUCUGGGCGCACGAUACCCGGUCAAUAAAAACAGUCUGAAGAAAACGCUAGAGGCACAGAGGACAGUUAAUCGCGAGAGGCUGGUUUGGAAGUAUUAUGUACGAGAUAAACCAGACGAAGGAAAAACCGGCGACGAGCGGACCGAUAACGCUGCAGGUGUCACGCCUGGACCUAAAAAUAUAAAGAAGGUCAAUAAUGGGAGUAGGGAGGUCACACGCUCCAAGAAAUACAAGCCGAAACCAUCCCGAGGGAAGGAAAUAGAGGUGGCCCAUGUUCGACUUCCAUGGGUUAUCCCCCUCGAAGAUGGACGCGCACAACGAAACCCAUGGCUGGAUUCAAUUCAAACACCCUCGAAGCAAAAUGGAGAUGCCAAGUCAAUUCUCAGUAAUGAACUUCUCAGUCUCACGGCAUUCCUCCAGCCUUCGAGCACAGAGCAAGCAGCCGUCGAUUAUAUCAUUGAUGAUCUAUCCUCAAAGAUCCAAAGCAUCGUGCCGAACCCGCCACAACUCAUAGGCUCACGAUAUGCAGAACUUGCUACCAACAUAUCGGCAAUCGACUUGAUGAUCCAUGUUAACGAUGAGCGUAUCCCUAACUUUCCAAAGGACAAACCGCCCGGGAUCAGUUCACAGAUGAAAUACAAAUAUCUCCAAAUAAUGACCCAGACCGGAAACGUGCUGAAGGACGACCUUGAGUACCGAGACUGUCGAGUCAUACCUGACAAAAGCCCGUCACUUGUCUUGUUUCACAGAGCCUCCGGUAUACCAGUCAGACUUUUCUGCAGAAGCUACGCGCCGAAAAUCGAAGAAUUUAUACAAGACUCGAUUUCCGAACUACCGUCGUUACUGCCAUUGUACAUGACCAUGAGAGUUUUCCUCGAAAGCAAGCACCUGUUUGGAUGGGAAGCCGAAUCAUUGAGCUCAAACGGCCUUGUCUUACUCAUCAUGUCCUUUUUGAAACAGCAGUCCGAAGAUUUCACAUCGAAAUGUUUGGCAGAACAACUACUCGCUUUACUACAUACUUACGGCGAGCAAAUUGAUCUCACCACAACCGGUAUCUCGGCCAGCCCAGCAGAAUUCUUCACGGGAAGGAGCGUUCGCGACCGUAUAAGAUCUCUCAACAAAAGCGGCAGCAAUAACUCCCAAUUACCGGACUAUUUGAGAGGCCAACGCGGACUAAUGGCUUACAAGAUUCACGCAAGCCACAAAGGCAAUAAGGGAAUGGCUAGGCAUUUAUGUAUUCAAGAUCCGACUAAUUAUCUCGUUGAUGCUGGUAUGAGAUGUUUCAGGACGCUGGAGUUGCAGCAGGCGUUUUCUGGGUGGUAUGGUGGUUUAAAGUUGGCGUUGGAGAGAUGGGAUGAAGGUCACAUGGAUGAUGGUGGUAUAUUGGGGCAGGUGUUGCGUGCAGAUUUUGGGGAGUUGGUGAGGAGGAAGAAAAUGUUGGCGGCGUGA